AUGGGGCACGAGGCCAUCGUCAAGCUGCUGCUCGAGAAGGGCGCUGACGUCGCGCCCAAGGACAAAGAUGAUCGGACGCCGCUCUCGUGGGCCGCCGGUAAUGGGCACGAGGCCAUCGUCAAGCUGCUGCUCGAGAAGGGCGCCGCCGUCGAGUCCAAGGAAAAAAUUAGUCAGAAGACGCCGUUAUGGCGGGCCGCCGGUAAUGGGCACGAGGCCAUCGUCAAGCUGCUGCUCGAGAAGGGCGCCGCCGUCGAGUCCAAGGACAAAUAUGGUCGAACGCCGCUAUCGUGGGCCGCCGGUAAUGGGCACGAGGCCAUCGUCAAGCUGCUGCUCGAGAAGGGCGCCGAGGUCGACUCGAAGGACACCGAGUACGGUCAGACGCCGCUCUCGUGGGCCGCAGAGAACGGGCAUGAAGCUGUGGUCAAGAUGCUUCUCGAUACGGGCAAGGUCGACGUCGACACAAAGGAUGAUAGAUACGGUCAGACGCCGCUAUCGUGGGCUGCCGAGAACGGGCAUGUGGCCGUGGUCAAGCUGCUGAUUGCAAAAGAC